AUGGGAGGAGGAGGAGGAGGAGGAGGAUAUGGAGAUGAGGAUUGUGGUGACCUCUUGGGAAAUGAUGUGUACAACGAUAGAUGCCCGGAGGCAGAGGCCAUAAUAUAUGCAGCUGCUGGGAUCAGACUCAAUGUGUUUGAAGACCCAAGAAUGGCAGCCUCUCUGCUUCAUCUCCAUUUCCACGACUGCUUUGGCUGCGAUGCUUCAGUAUUGCUAGAUGACAAUGAGAACAUUGUUGGUGAAAAAAUAGCAGCGCCUAACUUUAACUCUCUGAGGGGUUUUGGAGUGAUUGAUGCAAUAAAACAGGAUCUUGAACUUGUUUGCCCUCGAACAGUUUCAUGUGCUGACAUUAUUGCAGUUGCUGUCCGAGACUCCAUCGUUGUGGUGUGUGCGCUAAGAGCUACAUAUUUCAUGUUUUUCUUUGUUAACAAGAAAGGGGUGCAACAGGAAGACUUCUCAGGAAGCCCAGAUAUGCUACCUUCGAGUUUCGACUAA